AUGGCAACCGCUGCCAACACUGCCAACGCUGCCCCUCCUUCCCCUUCCCGUCCCUCCCUUCAGGGCUCUCACUCCUCUUCCAGCAUAAACAGCGCACAGUCCAAUGGCAAGCCGGCAGAUUAUGUCUACUUCGAGCGGACCACAGCAGGUUUCUCGGAUGAUGCUGUACCACGCGCCAAGACGGCGCAACUAAAGCUGGAGCACUUCUAUAAGGUUGCUGUGGAUGCCGCUAUUGAGCGCAACACAAGACGCGUCGAGCUUGAGAGGAAGUUGGCAACUGAGACUGCGAUGUCCGAUGAGCGAAAGCAGCGGCAGUUGCAACAGCUCGGCAAGCGCGAGUCAGCUUUCCUGCGUCUCCGGAGGACGAAGCUAGGUCUCGAUGACUUCAGGACGGUGAAAGUCAUUGGAAAGGGUGCAUUCGGAGAGGUCAGGGUAGUUCAGAAGACAGAUACAGGCAAGAUCUAUGCUAUGAAGACACUCCGGAAAGACGAAAUGUUGAAGAAGGACCAGCUUGCCCAUGUCCGCGCAGAGCGCGAUGUUUUGGCCGAGUCUAACUCUCCAUGGGUCGUACAGCUUUACUACUCGUUCCAGGAUUCCGCGUAUCUCUAUCUGAUCAUGGAGUUCCUGCCUGGUGGUGACCUUAUGACCAUGCUGAUCAAAUACGACACAUUCUCGGAGGAUGUGACGCGUUUCUACAUCGCUGAGUGUGUUCUUGCUAUUGAAGCUGUACAUCAACUGGGCUUCAUCCAUCGUGACAUCAAGCCUGACAACAUCCUGAUUGACAAAGACGGUCACAUCAAACUGUCGGAUUUCGGUUUAUCCACCGGAUUCCACAAGAACCACGAUUCAAGCUACUAUCAGCGACUUCUGGACUCGGCUAAUGGCGUGCAGUCGCCGACAACUGCGGCGCGGAACAGUGUCAUGGUCAAUGCGAUCCAUUUAACUAUGUCAAGCAAGGACCAAAUUGCCACCUGGAAAGCGAACCGCCGGAAGCUUGCUUACUCGACCGUUGGCACUCCCGACUACAUCGCCCCAGAAAUAUUCUUGCAGAAAGGAUACGGCAAUGAGUGCGACUGGUGGUCGCUCGGCGCGAUCAUGUUCGAAUGUCUCGUCGGAUACCCGCCGUUCUGUUCGGAGUCGACACACGAGACAUAUCAGAAGAUCCUCCAGUGGCAGAACUACCUCAUGUUCCCCGACGAUGUGCACCUCAGCCGCGAAGCCGAGGACAUUAUCCGACGACUCAUUACCUCUCCCGACCGCCGGAUGACCGCUGAGCAGCUCAAGAAGCACCCCUUCUUCUACGGCGUCAGCUGGACGGGCAUCCGACAAAUCGAAGCGCCAUUCAUCCCGCGUCUGCGAUCUAUCACCGACACAUCGUACUUCCCCACAGAUGAGCUCGAGCAGGUUCCGGACGAGCCUGUCGGCGCAGACACCACCGGUGCGAGCAAGGAUCUGGCCUUCUUGGGGUACACAUUCAAGCGAUUCUCGGUCUCCUCUCAAGCUUUCUAG